CAUAUGCCACCGAUCCAUUACUCAGAGAAACACAAACUCAAUAUCCCAGAAAGAACUGCAAUAAAAAAUGCAAGUGCAAAGAAAUUUGAAAUGGAUGGUUUUUCUAUUUAUCAUCCUGACAACAUUCAAAUCAGGCCAUGCAAAAGAAACACAGCCUAUUUUAGAAAAACUUGAUCAAUUCUUGAAUACAGCUCUUGAAUGGAGGGCUAAUCAGCAGAUGCAACUGCAAUCCCAAGAUUCCAAAUUGAAGCCUACAGUUUCCGUGAUGAUAUCAGGAGCUUUAUGCUUUGUAGCAGCAUCCAUAUCAAGUGCUGGCGGGAUAGGAGGUGGUGGGCUAUUCAUACCAAUUCUGUCUAUAGUUGCUGGAUUAGACCUCAAAACAGCCACAAGCUUUUCAGCAUUUAUGGUCACAGGAGGGUCAAUUGCUAAUGUUGCGUGCAAUAUGAUCAUCAAAGGAAAGAAAAAUGGCGGUAAGACAUUGAUUGAUUACGAUAUAGCACUUUUAUCCGAGCCAUGCAUGCUCCUGGGAGUCAGUAUUGGAGUGAUCUGUAAUCUUAUGCUCCCUGAAUGGCUCAUUACAAUCAUGUUUGCUUGUUUUCUUGCUUGGUCCACAUUCAAGACAUUCAAAUCAGGAAUAUCGUAUUGGAAAUUGGAAUCAGAGUGGAUGAGCAAAAAUAGAUGCCAAAAAUUGGAAAGCGGGAUGUUAAUUGAUGGGAAAAGUGGAGAGACUGUUCAGAGCUCGGAAGAGCCUUUAUUGCAGAAAGAAACAAGUUUAAAAUUCGACAUACCAUGGCAGAAGCUGGGGAUGUUGGUCGCGAUAUGGUUUUGCUUCUUUGUUCUCUAUCUUCUUCGGGGGAAUCGCUAUGGACAGGGAAUUAUAGUUAUGCAGACUUGUGGAGUGGGAUACUGGAUCAUCUCAUCGACCCAAAUUCCUCUUUGCAUAAUCUUCACUUUAUGGAUUUUGUAUAGCAGAAAAAGCAACACAAAUCAGUUUCAGCAGCAGGAAUUAGGAAGUGACGCGAAAAAUCAAGGGCCAAACAUGUUCGUGUUCCCAAUCAUGGCGCUGUUAGCAGGGGGGUUGGGUGGUGUUUUUGGAAUUGGAGGCGGAAUGCUGAUAAGUCCACUUCUUCUGCAAGUUGGCAUAGCUCCUGAAGUUACGGCGGCUACCUGUUCAUUCAUGGUAUUCUUCUCCUCAACAAUGUCAGCUUUUCAGUAUUUACUCUUGGGAAUGGACCAUGUCUACGCUGCCAUCAUAUAUGCAAUAAUUUGUUUUAUUGCCUCGAUUAUUGGUCUGGUUAUUGUACAAGGUGCUAUAGCGAAGCAGGGAAGAGCCUCGCUCAUUGUGUUUUCAGUUGGUAUAGUGAUGGCUGUGAGCACUAUUCUGAUGUCUAGUUUUGGAGCUGUUGACGUCUGGAGGGACUACAUUACUGGAAAAUAUAUGGGAUUCAAGAAGCCCUGUUGAAAAGGGGGAAAAGAGGAGAAUCAGUGGUCCUACUAACUUUAUAACCUGGUCCAGGAAGAAUAAGGCCAUAAACGCUAAACCGUGCUCUAGAUUUUGCAGAAGAGAUAAAUAACGAGCUCGAGAAAAUUACAUAUGAAUGCAACAUCAAGAUCGAAAGCAGUUGCAUUAUAGACAUAAAAUGCAGUUGAUGAGUGAUUUUUGGCACACAUCACAACAAGACGAAAGUGCAGUUCCAGAUUAGCUGAUAAGAUGCAUCAGUUUCAGUCUGAUCCUCUCUAAUUGAAGGCAUUAAGAAUGUUUAUGUUGCAGUAAAGAAUGGUGUAACCAGUUUUCUAGUACCGACCAACAAAGGUGAAUAAGAAUGAAAGGAAGCAAGAAAAGUUUCUUUGCAUCCAACCUGCAGAAAUAUCCCCUACGGAUGGUAUGAUUCAAUCCUGUUUUGUAAUGUUAAAAGUGUGGCUAUGCGACCAUUGUAUCCUUCACUUAUCUAGUGAGUAUAAACUUUUAGAU